UCAGGUGGCAAUCGACACAUGUGAGAGAUCCUUGACACGGGCUGGUGACGACGAUGGCUGCAUGACGUUUGAUGAACUAACGAGGGUGUGGGGCCCGCAUGGCAGCGCGCGCAGUUCUGGGAGGGAAAAAUUCUUGGCAUUGAUUUUCUUCGUUUUACCUGGCGCUACGUUGUCGCAGACACGGUGUAGGUGCAGGUGACAACAACGGAGACAUCAGACCGUCACAUCGCCAUGACACCGUCAUGCGCCCUGCCAGUGCUUCUUGUCAUCAUCUCACGCGCUCUUGAACAGGGCGUGACCGCGUGCUCCGGCGGCACCAGAUCCAUCUUGACCUUCAACUCUGACCUGAGUCCUUCGUCACGCGGCUACGAUCAAAGGAAGUCUGUGGUGCCGCGCGCCCUCGCUGAGCAUGCGCAUGCGGGCGAUUUCAUGUGUCUGCAGGAAGUCUGGCUGGAAUCGGAUUUAAGGGAGAUAAUCAAGUACGUGGAGAGUAACUUCCCCUAUCAUUAUUCCGCACUGCACUCUGCUGUCAGUGUUCUGUCCAAAGCUCCUGGACAGCAGCGACGCCGACUGUUUCCAGGCGUGGCUUCUACUCCAUGUAACUGGAAGCUGAUUCCCUUCUUCAUCUGCUACAUGGUGAAGGGAUGCUCUAAGGUUGCUGACACAAAAUCAUGCAUGGUGUCUGAGUGCAAAGAGUUCCUCUUUAACAUGUCCCGGGAGUGCCGCAGCUGUGUAGCACUCACCUCCUGGAGCUUCCACGACAUCCUCACAAUCUGCGUGAAUAUUGUCAGAGAAGACAACCGCAUCAACAAACCGGGUCUCUUCAUAGCCAGUCGAGUACCCCUGAAGUCGGUGGAGUACGUGGAAUUUAAUCCCGACAGAAGAGUAUUGACUGAAAGAGGGUACAUCAAAGCCCGGACACAAGACGAACAACUGUUCAUCUGCACACAUCUGAGUGGUCAAGUAGAUUCUACCUACGGCGAGGUGGAACUUCCGUACAGAAACUACGAAGAACAGCAGAAGAACGAAAUUCUGAAUCUGAAAUCAGCAUUUUCUAAAACCCCGCACAUUCUCCUCGGAGAUUUCAACACAGGGCCUGAACGGACUGGACAGAACGCCUUACAGGGAGAGAUGUCUGCAAAUUAUGCUUUGCUGCAAACGAUGGGCCAUCAGAACCCUUAUCUGCGUAAUAAGGGUUCCUGCACUUACUGCUCAGAUAAUCCACUGGUUGCUAUGACCAACAGUAGCCGUUCUGGAAGCAAACUCAUCGACCACAUACUGACACGAGAUGUCAGCUUUGACCUCAUCAGCGUUCAGCGGGUACUAGACUCGGGGGUUCCACUAUCCGCCAUUACGGCGUCCAGCUGGAUGUUUGCCUCAACUAACGAAGGGGGCUGCAGGCACCGACUGGGCUGCAUACCUUGUUUCCCCGGGACCCACAUGACCACAGGUGCUCGACGACUGGACCGGACCUUUCAUUCAACAUGAUUUCGCUUCUCUCCGUGACCUUCACCCUGCCCUCACCGUUCUGAACGACCUUCACCUUGUUCUGUGCCUUCACCUUUCUCCACGAUCUCAUCUGAGUUAUGGACUAUUUCGUGAAUUAUGCAUGCAUGUGACCUUCACUCCAAAUUAUGGGUUUGACCGGUACCAGGUUUUGAUAUCAGCUUAUCAUUACUUGUGCAUAAUGUGAAAUUAUUGUCGUCAAAACAUUAUUAGCAAACUGCAUUCAAGCUCAGUUUCAAAUGUCCAACAUUGCAUCUUGUGAAUAUUCUAAAUUUUGUGACAAAUGUUGAGAGAUAUUUUGUCAUGUGAAGAAGAAAUACGUGCUUUCCUGCCUCUUGGCCAACUUUAAAGCAAAUAGGCAUAAAUGUUAAUCAUUAUGAUCCAAUAUUAUAAUACUAUUCCCUCUGGCAAAUUACUCAAAAACAACUAAACAACAUGAAAGAAAAAAGUAUCAUGCCAGUAAAUGAAUGCAAUAUGAACAACAAUGUCAGACAACCCAUAUUUUUGCAUACCUCUUUGGUGCCUGUCUUAAUUGCUUUAUGUUUAUAUGCAAGAUGUUUUAUUGCACUCUUGAGAUCUGUUUAAUUCUCUUGAAUUUCCUUUUUAAGUCUUUAUUUAAUUCGAUCGUUUGCAUUGUUGGUUGGCGCACUCUCGUGUAUGUGGACGAUAUGAAGGUUAUUCUUAGAAUUAAAUACUUGUAACCCAGGGUCACAUUUGCACUCCCCUCAGCUUAGAAAUAGACUUUUCCUCUCUGAACAAAAUGUGUCAGCAAAUUUGACAAGAUGAACCAUACAUAACCGGAAGAGUCUUACACGAUGAUUUUCUGCGCGUAUCUUUCGCGCACCUAAUUACGAAAGGUCCAUAGAACUUCAUUGUCGAAGUCGACCUCUCUUUGUUUUAACCCCUGUUCACUGAACAAUAGUCUUAUUGCUGCACUGAAUGCUUACCUAGUCACGUGACUGCAACAGUGUCUUUAGGGCCUUCAAAACAUUCUUCUGCAAUGAACUCAACUUCAUGACAAACAUUACUGAACUUUUAACCUGCAAUGUGGGUAAGACAUCAGUAUGACAAAUUAUAAAAGCCUCAGUCGUCCCUCAGAACUUCAAUUUCUAAACUUUUGAUGACUUUGAUGUUGACGCUGUUGGUGAGUUGCUCUUGACAGAUUGUGCAGGAACGGACGUUUCAGACGGAGGGGCGGUCAUUCAGCUAUAUUCCUCUUCUUUGCUCAGCAAGCUUUCAAAGACCCCCAAACCAUAUGGGAAGCGAAGGCGCCACUUCAAGAACUCUAGGUGCAAUCCUUUCACAAAAAGUAACAGAUGAAUGUUUAAAAACUGUCUUUAGAAUAUCGCGGUACGGACUUCAAUGACAACUUCGGAUUCUUUUUUUUUUACAGGUUGUUCUGGUGGUAACACCUACCCGUCCACCCUUUUACAUUCCUUUGCCAAAGAACAGUGUGUUCCUGGCAUCUUAAUAUUACUGAAAUUUUUUAAAGGUUGUAA